GAGCAACAACAGCUCCAGGCUCAGGAGGCCGCUCCGGCGCUUGCAGUCGGUUUGGAGCGGGCAGCCGGUGCAGGAGGAGGCUGAGAAACCCGGACCGGUGACGCCAUGGAGACGGACGGAGAGCAGAACCAGCAGGGGGCCUCGGCCAAUGGGAGCGCUGCAUCUGGGACGAGCUCCCGCCCCUCUCCAAUGAAUUCCAUGUCUCUGUAUGAAAGACAAGCUGUGCAGGCCCUCCAGGCGUUACAGAGGCAGCCUAAUGCAGCUCAGUACUUCCAGCAGCUGAUGCUGCAACAGCAGAUUAACAACGCCCAGCUGCAGAACCUGGCCGCCGUGCAGCAGGUAAAGGCCACUCUGGCUGCCAGUCGUCAGUCGAGUCCUUCCAGCAGCAGCUCUUCUCAGACCACCAGCACCACAGCUGCCAGUGUAACAUCUGGAUCAGGUUCGACAACCAGCAGCCGUCCCAUGGGCGCCUCGGCAACGUCCACAAUCAGCCAAUCAGUGCUGCUGAGUGGGACAGCAGGAGGGCAGGGACAAAUGUACCUGAGGGUCAACCGCUCCCUGAGGGCCCCCAUCUCCUCCCAGCUCAUCUUUAUGCCUGGCAGCACAGCGACGGCUGCCGUGGCGACCGUCACCCAGCAGCCGCAGGCUCAGCAACAGGAAGCGACACCAACUUCCUCUUCCAGCGGCCAAUCGGAUAAUGACCAGGUGCAGAACCUGGCCAUGCGAGGUGUGUCCGGUACCAAAGGUGUUAAGACCGAAGCCCCAGAGAGGAGUGACUCAGCUGCUUACUCCCUGGUCCAGCCCUCCCACCAGUCAAACUCCCAGUCCCCGACUAAGCCUAGCCAGCCUCAGCCCCAGCCGCCCCACAUCAAAAUCCCCACAUACCCUCAGCCCACCAACCUCAAAGCCCACCCUUCUUCCUCCUCUGGCGCCUCCUCCUCGUCCUCCACCUCCUCCAUCCCUCUCUCCCAGCUCCUGCUUCACGGAACCCGGACUCUCACCACAGGAACCACAGCUCCCACAGCAGCACACACUCUGGUCCUGACGUCCAGCGCAGCAUCCCAGCCCCACGGAUAUCCUGUUGGCACGGCGACCAUCAAACCAGCGGUCAACGCUCAGACCCUGGUGGUGCAGCCUCUGCAGAAGACGUCACUCAGUGCGGAGAAAACGGGCCACGGCAAUGGGCCCAUCCCCAUCCAACCAAAAACUCUGCAGGGGCUCCGCCUGCCCCUCCAGCUGCCUUCUAGGAACCCCCCUCCCAUCCUGCCUGCCCCACCGCCCGCCAGCGGCUCUGCCCAGCCCCCCCAGCCGCCGCACAUCCCAGUACAAAUUGUUGGGGCGAGGCAAAGCACGCUGGGAAACACCCAGGCUCUGGCUCUGGCUCGAGGCAGCUGCUGCCAGGAUGGCGCCGCCGUCCUCAGCAGCUCGUCCAGCCUGCUCACCAUGGUGGCGUCCAUCGCUUCCAGGGAGGGUGGGGUCGUGGGACGAGGAGUGGGACUAAAGACUCUUCAGUCGCCCCAAGAGGCUCCCUCAUUGGCUCAGGUCUCUCAGGUGCAUCCGCAGGCCAAUCAAAGCUCUGGACAGGCUCAGAAUGGACCCCUGGCUUCGUGCCCUGCCUCCUCCCAGUCCCCCACUGUCUCCUCUGCUCCCGCCUCCAUGUCCCGCUCCUCCCUCUCCCUCCCCCUGGUGACAGAAGAGCAGAGAGGAGCAUCAGCCGGUGUGACCACCAAUGGAGACUCAUCGGAAAGUCAGACGCCACAGGGAAAACAGUCGACUGGCUCACUAAAACGAAAAUCAGACUCCACUUCAGCCAAUGACGAAGAUGGCCCCUCCCCUCCACGGCUCCAGCCAGUCAGAGAUCACGCCUCGACACUCCCGGCCAAUCCCAUCAAAGCAGGCCCCGGUGCUCCUCCUCCGGCCUCCUCCUCUCCCUCCCCGGUGCUGGCAGUGUCCCGUGGGGUCUGCGGCCAGGGCGAGAGAGCUCCUCCCCCCCAGGCUGUGGUUAAACCGAACGUCCUGACACACCUCAUAGAGGGCUUUGUCAUCCAGGAGGGGGCAGAGCCUUUCCCUGUAUGUGGUUCAGUAAAGGACUCGGCCGGUGAGGAUUUAACCAAUGACAGUCCAGACACUAACCAAUCAGAGACUGUUACAACAGCGACAGUGCUGAAGUGUGAGUACUGUAAAAACUUUGCUCCAGCCAGCCAGUUCCGAGGCACCAAAAGGUUCUGCUCCAUGUCUUGUGCCAAGAGGUACAACGUCAGCUUCAGGCAGAACUUCUGCAUGCGGCAUGGUCAAGGUCAAGGUCACGCUCCGGAUCAGGAUCAAGGUCAAGCUCACCUUUCCAACUCGGACGAGGAGGGAGGCAUUGCCAGGCGGAGGGUUCCCCGCAGGACGAGCUCAGAAAUAGCCAGUGCCAAGAUAGCAGGGAGACCCAUACCUGUCAAGUGCCGUUCAGAGUCCAGCCAUUCAGAGGAGGAGUCCAGCGGAGAGGAAGAUGAAGAUGACCCCAUGUCCCUUUCGCCGGCCUCCUCAGCCUCCUGCCACCAGCCGCCUCCUCCUCCGCUCCCGACGGAGAGUUCUGCACCCAGCUGCCUACCUGAUAGCCCCGGCCAGUGGAGCGUGGAGGAAGUGUCACAGUUUAUAUCCUCACUACAAGGCUGUGAGGAGCUCGCCUCCCAGUUCCUGUCGCAGGAGAUUGACGGACAGGCCCUGCUGCUGCUGAAGGAGGAGCAUCUCAUGUCCACCAUGAACAUCAAGCUAGGUCCUGCCCUCAAGAUCUGUGCCCACAUUAACAAUCUGAGAGACUGAUGUCCGUGUUUCCACCGUGUUCAAAGUCAAGCCCUGAGCAUUUACCCAAAACUCCUGGUCCGCACCCAGUUGAGAUAUGGACCUGGUUCCAGAGCAGUCAGAGUCCUGCAGGUGAAUGUAUGAGGUACAGUGCAUUUUCAAAACAAAGCAAAGGCUCGUUAGCCCCGACCAGGGCUGCAGCACUUCAAUCUGGUGUUGAUUUGUCCACUCGGCCACAUCUUCAAAUAUCUCUCUUUCACAACAGUGUUGUUUCAGUUUCAGUAUUGUUCCGUUCACAUCUGUCAUGUCUUAGAGUCAAAAAAGCUGUAGAUUACCAAAUAUAUUUUGGUGAAGACACAAAAAGCUGUUUCAGCUCUAAGCACUCAGCGCUCAGAAAAAGUUUAAACCAAGUGAUUUCAUUUUGCUUUGUAGUUGCACAAUUUCAGUCUUGUGCCUGUGUUGUAAAAUGCAGAAAUGAAUGUUUUAAAUGUAUUUUCAGUGCAGGAAUCACUUGUGUAAUCCGGGUUAGUACUUGCACAGGAUUCCCACAUUUUAAAAGUUCUGUACGUACAAACAGGGCUGCCUCUCCGCAGGCUGUGACCCAGGAUGUGCAAGUCUUGUUUCAUUUCAUUUGCUGCAUUUUAUAUUUCUGCUGAAAUUCAACAAACCAUUCAAAGUUUUAUUUUCUGCAAUUAUUUUGUAAGGAAAGCGCUCAGAUGAUUUGUAAUUUAAAUGUAAUGUGUGUAAAAACUCGUACUUCUAAAAUUCUAAUCACUUUGUACGAAUAGGCAUGUUCAGUUUUAAAAGGUGAUGCUUUUAUUUUGACAGUGUCCUAUUCUGCAGUUUACAGGGUAGAGUUAAACUACAGGGUACUGGCUGCAGAAAUUAAACCCAGAUCCCAAAAGGUCCAGAGAGCAUUUGACAUUUUAAGCGAGGCAAAAAUACUGAUGUUUCAUAUAAUUUUCUCACAUCUCUGCCCUGUUUUUACAUACAGAGCACAUCAACCAGUGAUGAGACACUACUGCAAAAUGCUUUUCCAGAACUGUUUUCACAUUAACAUUUUUUCACUCAGUAUCUCCAGGAGAUUUUUUAACAGGGGAAUUAUUGUCGACUCUCGUCUUAAAAUGGGCCCUAAUCUGCAAACUUUGUGAGGGUUUUUAUUCUGCCAGGCAAUUUCAGGAUUUUGACUUUUUUCAAAUGGUACAACCAGCUGCUCCUGAUCUAUACAGAAGUGUGUGUAUGAGUGAAGGGUAACGUCACGGGCUUGAUUUUGUGAAGUGACAUAAAGUUUAGAAGAAAUGCCGAAACAGAUGAAGAAUUAAACUAAGCGGCAAAUGUGACGAUGGGCUGUUAAUUCAAAGAACCUUUAAGCUACGUUCACGAACAAAAACAGAAAGUCUGUGAAGAGAAAUAGGCUGGCAGCCACAUGUGGACCUGUGUUUUUGAUGGAUGACAAAAAAUCAACCUGAAUGAAUGAGUGCGUGAAUGAGAAAACCUUAAACUAUACUGUAAUGAGUGUAAAAAAUUGCCUUUAUAUUAAAAUGCACAUUUGUUUGCUGGAUUGCCUUGUUUAAGCUUUUUACUGUAGGAGUUUUCUCAUGUUAUCUCUCUGUGAACCUUGUGGCCUUUCUCACUAGUCUCUACAAUAGGUUUAGAUGAGGAUUGUCUGUUUUUUAACUGCUUUUCAUAUCAUUCAUUGUUUUAUAUUAGUGCUUACUUUUUUACAAUUGUUAUUUCAAGCAAUGACAUCCGUUGCCUUUCCCAAAAAGCGUGACUGAAUAGUAGCUACCUUGAUCAAGGAAACUUGCUGUCUUCCUCAUAGCUUUGUCACAUAACGUGUACCAACAGUAUUUACCUUUCUAGCUAGCUAUCUUUGGCUUUAUUGUUAGUGACUGUGGCUAUUACAAUAUUUUCUGUCAAGAAGGAUAAUAAUCUUUGAUAGCUGUGUGUUUAUAUGUCAUAGUCGCCCCAGGAUUUUGGAGUGUUUAAAUCAGCAGAUUCCUCGGCAUAUUGUGAAAACCAAAAAAAGCACUUGUGCUUCAUUACAAGUUAUGUGAACCACUAUUUCGUAGUCAAAUCAUUGCAGCUCUGCGGUGAUUACUGUUAUAACAUUUCUUAACAAGCAGACCACCCUGACUUUGUUUAUUCAAUCAUCGCUCUCCCAAAAAGUAGCACUUUUCUCACAAAAUAAGCAGAUUCUGCAAAAGGCCUUUGUUUAUAUACACAUAUAAAGAAGCUACUUCAGAAUUAAA